CAGUGUUAUUCGCGGCGCACCACCCACGCUCACGCACGUCGUGCGUGCACACAACAUAAUAUAUAUUAUAACAAUAUUACACAACAAUCUACGGUGCGACAUACGCCGAAUUUUGUUUAAUCGAGAUAGGAUGAUACCUGUCGGGUUUCUGUUUAUCUGUGCGCUGGUAUGCGCAGGGAUGGCCGUAACCGUCGACCCGUUCGGAUGCGCGAACAGGUUCGAAGUGCACGACGAUAAGAUUAUCCGGACGGAAGACUCAAAAAAGCUGGGCGCAAAGUUCAUAGACUCGGUGGAACAGCACGACCGUGCCGGAUGCCUAGAACUGUGCUGUCAGACGUCCCGAUGUGACGUAUUCGUGUUCGAAGAAAAAUCACCUGGGACAUGUUACCUGUUUGAAUGUGGACCAUCAGAUGAUUUUAAAUGCAAAUUUACCAAUCAUAAAAACUAUAGCAGUGCAUUAAUGUUGUCCAGACAUGCAGCAGAAUUGGAAAAUCAGAUUAAGCUUACGCAAAUUGAACAUGAACAUGAACUCAUUCAACUUAAGAAAAUAAAUUCAUUUACAACACCUUCGACAACUGCUAUACCAAUCUCUAAUAUCAAUAAAGAAACAGAAAUAACUAUUCCACAAGACAAACAUUCUGAAAGAACACCCCGGUGUAGUAGAUAUCAAUUUGAAUGUAAAACAUCUAGUGAAUGUAUUGCGAUCUACAAUGCUUGUGAUGGAAUACCUCAAUGCAGUGAUGGUAGUGAUGAAGCACUUGAACUAGCUUGUCCGACCACUCCAAGUAAACAAGUACUUAUAAAAGAUGUAAAUUAUGGAUUAACACAAGGAAAUAGUUACAUACAAACAUUACCAAUUCCGAACAAACCAAUGGAUAUAACAGGACAGCAAGUAAAUCAACCAAUUCAACAAUACCAAUGGAAGAAUCAACAACCGAUAUUUAGUUCCAAUAUAAACUAUAAUAAUGUAAAAGCAGAUAAACCUGCUUAUGGCAGUAAUUUGGCGUCUUCUCAAUAUGGAAGGGAAGGUGAAGGGCUCAAAUGGACAGGUCAAGAUGUAGUUCACCAAAAUUAUGGGAAUAAUCGAAUAUUCACACAUGUUAAUGGAGGAAUUUUACCAGACUAUAAUCGGCAACAAAAUAAUAUGCCGAUUAGAGUGUAUAAAAUUGAAUCGGGGAUGAAUCAUGAAUUCCGUCAUUUUAACACAGGUGAUAAAACUAACUAUCAAAAUCAAAACAAUCCAGAUUAUUUCUACGAAGAACUGAGACCUAAGGUUAUGUUAGGCGUGGAUCAGCCAAAUAUCCCUCAACUAGGUUCUGAUUAUCAGAGGCCAAUUCAAUUAGAAGUUAAAAAAUCUGAAAUAUUAAUAACCGAAAAACCAGUAAUUCAAAAACUUAAUGUCAAUGAAACUUCUACUCAAUCAACAACAACAGAUUCUCAUUUGCAUCGAAAACUAGUUCAGCCUCCGACAGAGGAUUCUAAUAUCCAUGAAGUAUAUUUUGAAAGUAGCGAUGAUGGAUAUGCGAUAAUGCCAAAUGGAGCUUUCAUUUCUCUUGUUCUGGGUAUUAUUGCAUCAAGUAUAAUGAUAAUUGUGAUUGGUUGUCGAUUAAGAGUGGUGCGUAAUCGUCAUCGAAAAGGAAGCAAACAAUCAUACGCUCAUGACGCAGACUUUUUAAUUAAUGGCAUGUAUUUGUAAAUGUAUAUUAACAAAAAUUGGAAAUGCGUAUUGUGAUUUAUAAACAAA